AUGAGUCGUUCUGGAGACAGUCGUGAUGGCCCGGCACAUUUCUCGCCCUUCCAGGAGCCGCUGAGCUCGGAGCGACAGCAGCCUGCCACCCCGGAGGCAGCCGGUCCAGCGGCUCGUCCCAUUAGACCUCAUCACCAGCCUGCAUUUUCUACUUUGACGAGCUCGGCAGGCGCACCUCGCCCGCCUGCACGUCGUAUCAGCGUCCCCGUUCGCCCUGCUAACGCCUCCAUCGUUGCAAACAGAACAAAUCCUUUCUCGCGCAAGCCGCCUCCCAACCUAGAUCAGCCUUUUGUUCCUCCCCCGACGAGGUCGUACGCCGUACCGUUGCAGCCGGUGCGACCUCCUACUCUGCCAUUUAGACCGCCCGUCCUCAAAACUUCCUCUUCUCGUCCAAGGCAGCCCUUCAUUCCUCCGACUCUCAAGCCAUCCUCCCUUCAAAACUCUUCAAGCUCGACUCUCAACCUCAUCACCCCCAUCUCUGGGCCGCCCUCUUUUGAAUCGGAAUCCGGCCCAUCUCGAUCUUUCGUCUCUUGCAAGCUCAGGCCCCCUCACAAUCCACCGGAGUCCGCCUCCUCGGCUUCUGAUGAGGGCCCCGCCUCCUACUCCUCGACUUCCACUCAGGACUCCUUUUGUCCUAUCCCUUCGACGGCUGCCUCUACCUCUCGCAAUAUUCCCUCAAAGUCUCCUGCUACCACUCGCAAGUCAUCUCCUGCCAAACACUCUUCUACCUCCGCCAAGUCGUCAAAAUCCCCUUCUACCGCACCCAAGUCAUCUCCUGCCAAACCCUCCUCUACCUCCGCCGAGUCGGCUGCCCGUAAGCCUCGCUGCUUCGGCAAAGCGCCGCCGCCGCCUGCACCCGUGCGGACAAAGCCGCCUGUAGUAACUUCAAACACCUUCUUCACGGCAACUGUGAGCGCUGCCGUGGACCCUUCGAUGGGUGGCCCUUCGCGUGGAGUAGGAGUCACGAUGCAGGCUACUCCGCAGGCGAGAGCAGAGCCAGUUGUGGUCAAAGUCGCUUUGAAGGACAGCCUGCCCGUCAACGCCGGCCCUUUUGUGGAGGAACUUGUGGAUCCUCGACGGGUGUACCCAGGAUCGGAUCGCCCGGUCAUUAUCGGCUACGAGGAUCUUCCUCGUCCCGAUGAAGGCCCCGGUCGCAUCGCUCCCCUCACGAUCCGCUAUAGGAUCGGAGUACCCUUCAAGGACACGCCGGCGGAGCGAGAGGAGCUUCAAUCAACAGUCCGCGCACAGAUGAGGCAGCAUCUGGGGACAUGGGCAGAAGGGCAGGAUCCCGUCACCCACUUGCCCUUGCGACAGCGGGGCCAACUGAAAGCGGUCGACGUGACCUUCGCCUCCGUAGAGCAGUUCGUCGCCGCGAAGACUGCGGAGCUGCAGUACCGCGGUCGCGAUCUCAGCCCCCUGUUCUGCGGUCUGGCGCUCGACCCCCGAAGGCAGUGCAUUGUGGUCACGCAACUACCACGCGAUGUGGGGAUCAGCGAGCUACUCAGAGGCUGCGCUGAGGCACUGAAUCCGUGGGGGCAAGUGAUGGAAGCCUGGACACCAUAUGGAAUUCUGCCUGGAGUGCCUCCAACCUUCCUGCGCAAGCUGGUGCUCCUCUUCGAGCGCGGGGCCGCCGUCCGUCCGAGGGAUCUGCCCGGCUACGUUCGCCUAGACGGCGAGUCAUUCGAGUUAAUCUUCCACGGCAGACUGGCCUGGUGUGGCUUUUGCCGAGGGGAGGCAGCAUCAUUCCAUCUCUAUGAGAAUUGUCCGCGAAGGAGAUGUAAUCGCUGCCACGAGCGCGGACAUCUGGAGAAAGCCUGCCCGCUGAGUCAAGCUGACCGCAAGAGGAUGAGAGCGGCCGACGGGGUCGGAGACGCUCCAUGA